CCAUGUUUCCACUCACCAGUUGACGGAUUGUCGUCAUGCCAAUUGCCAAGCUCUCCAGACUUUGUUUUAUUAUCUGCCGUAUCCCUGUUCUUGACUGUUUGCCUGACUGCUUGACCAAGACUCCGCCUGCCACCUCUUUGUACCUGCCUGGCUACUUUACAUCAUUCAGUUAUGUUACCGUUGCGUCGCAGCACCACAGUCGCAUUGUUUACACCACGGUCCAGAUGACUGCACUGAAGCCGGCAGCAUGGCGACCAGAACAAUAGACAUCCCUGCAGAAAUCCGGACGAGGACACACAGAGGAUGCAGAGGAGGAAUGACUCGAUGAGGGAAGAGAGCCGGGUCCAGACAAUGGAGACUGAUGGAGACGAGCGUGUCUCCCUUCUGUCAUCAUGGACAAUGAUUUCCAUCUACAUGAUCAUCACCGUUCUGGCAACAGCUCUGGGAAAAGGGCCUACUGAAUGCAGUUUCUUGGAACCUACUGGAGACCAUCAGUGUUUUGGAGCAGUGGGGCAGCCGCUGCUUUUUCAUCUGCCAAAUACAGCAGAUACAUUUAUUAAGUUGAUAAAGGAUAGCAAAUAUCUGAUUUUGAGAGCAGUCAAAAAUCAGACAGUGUAUCUGAAUGAGGAAUAUGUGAAUCAGUCUGAACUCUUCACCACUGGGACAUUCAACCUUGGUAACACAAUGAAGAGACACUCUGGAGAUUACCUGUUGGAAGAAUACAGAUCUGAUGGUGCUUUACUGAAAAAAGCUAAGGUUCAUCUGGAAAUACAAGCUCCAGUGUCAAACCCAGCUGUGUCUCAGAUGUGUUCAUCACCAGAACAGAUGGAGGUCAGCUGCUCCUCUGAGGGAGACGGAGUAGAGUUUAUUUUGACUUUGGACGGUCAGUUACUGAAACAUACCAGAGACCACAGUCUGUCUCUCAGUAACUGGGCGGCAAACAUGCAGUCACUGACUGGGAGUACAGCUGAACUAGACAAAUCCAGUGUAUCAAACGUUACCAUCAGCUUACAUGGUCAGCUGAGAGGAAACUUGACGUGUAGUGUUGCAAACAAUGUCAGCAGAAAUGAAACAGUUAUUCACCUCAAAAGCUGCAAAGAUUUUCGUUCUUCCUUCCCUGUUGUGACUGAGGCUGCGAUAGCUGGUAUUGUCACUCUCCUUUUCCUUGCGGCCUUGUGUCUUGGUAUAAUAAAUCAUCUUAACAAAUCAAGGCCCAUGGCUGUUAAUGAGGGUAAGUGAAAGAUGUUCUCCCAUGUCUUUAUCUGUCUCAAUAAGAACCAUACUGACUGAAGUUAGGUUACCACAGUUUUACCAUUUUACUCCCUACUUUUCAGAUGGCUUUUGUAUUACAUUCAUUUAAAACUAUGAAAAUAAUUUUGUCCUCUGUGAUAGGUUAGCACUUCAAAAUACAUUUCACAUUUUACAUCUGUUUUUAAUUUUUCUAGGUAACCCUGAAAAUGAAAUCAUCUACACAGAUGUUAGAUUGAUAAGAAAUAUGAAGAACACCAAACCCAACUCACAUCACAAAGCACCAUAAUUUUCUCCUGUCAUUAUCAAGUGCCUGCCAUUUUCUGAAUCCUGCCUGAAACCUCAUAUCUAACCCUUGAAAUAAAAAUGUGAUCAGGGAUCAUUGCC